ACAUUAUCUUGCACCACCUGCUGCCUCUUGCUAUUCGACGAGUUCUUCCAAGACCUUUGUGUAUGGUGUUGCUGGAAUUAAGUUCAUUUUUUCGACACUUAGGUGUAAACAAUUCUACAAGCGAGUCAUUUUCACAAUUGACACCACGCAUAGUCCUUGUUCUUUGCCAGCUAGAGAAAAUGUUUCCACCUUCUUUCUUUGACAUUAUGGUCCAUUUACCAAUCCACUUAGCAUAUGAAGCUGCAAUUGCUGGCCCUGUUCACUUUCGAACGAUGUGGCCUGUAGAGAGGAACUUGGGAACACUUAAGAGGUAUGUGCGUAACAAAAGUCGACCUGAGGGUUCGAUUGCUGAAGGGUACAUUGCUGAUGAGGCCAUGUCGUUUUGUUCCAUGUACUUGGAAGAUUCAGUUACACGCCGGACCAAUCUUGGACGAAAUGCUGAUGCGGAACAUCGAGAUGUGUCUGGUGGUUAUUCAAUUUUCCUUAAUAUUGGUCAUGCUAUUGGAGGUUCGGGUAAAGAAGUGCAUAUGGAUUAUAACGAGUGGCUUCGCGUACAUAGAUAUGUUCUACUUAAUUGUCCGGAGGUCAAACCAUUCGUAGAGUAAGUUGCUUAUUGACAUGAAAUUUUUUUUCAAUAAGCUGUGAAGAUUUUUGCUUAUAAGUUAUUAAUAUGCUUGUGUUCUUGAAUAUUAGUCAACACAUAGAAGAGGGAAGGAGAAGAAAGGGUCGAAAGAGGAUGUGGGAAGCUGACCAAGAAUCGUAUAGAACUUUUCCAGACUGGUUUGUGAUG